CGAUAUUAUACUUUCACUAUCGUCGAAGAACGCAUCGCAUUCGUUGGCCAUAUCGUCUCUCUGUAACACACGCCAUCAUGAUGAUCGUCCGCUGUACAACAUAAUACAACAUCACACCGAGCGUCGAGUAUUUAAUCACCGCCAACGUGACCAUCUCGAGACGCGUUUUCGAACCUUGCGCGCGCGCGGCACAAACGGCUAGAAAAGAAAACAAUUAAAGUUUAAAAGUUACGAUCACUACGCCACCGAAGAUCGUUUGGCGGUUUUCGAACAGCAAUCGAUCAUUGUACUUUUCUUCUUUUUUUUAAAUUUUUUUUUCGCUUUCGUCCGUUCACCAUGAAUCGACCGACAUCAAUUCUAUUGUGCGCGCGACGAUUCGUUUAGACAGCCGCGUAGACGUGAACGAUAAUUUUUUCUCCGUUUGCCACCCCUGGGGAACCGCACGAACUCGUACUUUGAUCAUAAUACGUUUUCGCUUCUACGUAUUUGUUUAAAUCGAUCCUAUAAACAUAUAACAACACACACGUGUUGCAUUAAUUCGACUGUUCGCCGUCACGCACGUGUCGAAUCAAGUGGAUUUAGGAUGGUGACGCGACGUUGCACCGCUGACGUAGACGAUCGUCCGGUGUCGCUGACACUUCGGGCGUCCCUGUUGCUGGCGGCCAUCGCCACCAUCUCUCGGCCCGCCGAAGCCGUUCUUUCCGUGAACGCUACACCUGAAUACAUUCACCCAUGCCGGAAGGCGGACGCACAGUUCAAUAAUUGCAUAAAAGAAACAUUCAAUCAUCUUCGACCCUAUCUCAUAAACGGUAUUGACGAACUGACCGUACCACCAAUUGAACCGUUAAUUAUACCGAAAAUGCAAAUGGAAAACGGCCACGGAGCGGUCAGGGUGAGGGCCAUACUGAGUAAUAUGACUAUACACGGCGCGAGCAAUUAUACGGUUCUAAACGUCAGGAGCGAUAUGAACAAGUAUCGCAUAGACUUGGGACUUUUCAUACCACAUAUUGAAGCUACUGGAAAUUACGAUGUCAAUGGUAACGUGUUGUUAUUGCCAGUGAGGAGCAGAGGAGAGUUUUGGGCGUCCUUCGAAAACGUAACGGCCCUAGCAAAAUUAUACGGUAUUGAGGUGAAAAAAGAAGGAGUUAAGUAUAUGAAAACGGAAAGAUUGGGCAUUGGUUUCAAGUUGGAGAAAUCAGAUUUUAAAAUCAAAGACUCCAUCAAUAUGCAAAACGUCAUAGGCGAAGCAAUGAACGUAUUUCUAAACGAGAAUGCUGCUGAGAUUAUCGAAGAAAUGAAACCCGCAGCAUCGCAAGCAAUUGGCAAGCAUUUCAAAAAUUUCUUGAACAAUGCGUUCUUACAAAUCCCACUUAAAGUUUGGCUGAAAGAUUCAGACUAAAAUAAUUACGAACAACUUUAUAUUUACCAUACAUCGAGGUACAUUAUUUGUUUAAAUUCCUUCACCUAUCCAAUAUUAGUGAGUAUUUUAAUUUUUAAGCCACAUUUUCGCAUAAUAUCAUUCUCAAAUGUACAUUUAUUUAUUUAAGUUGUUGCAUUAUUAAAACAAUUAUUAAUAUAGACUUUA